AUGGAUUACCAGUCACGCAGUAGGACUGCUAAAAUUUUUGAAUAUAUUUUUAUUUCUACAUUUUGUACACAUAAAAUGCCUGCAGUGCCAGCUGGCUAUCAACAAGGACAAGUUGGAAAAAUUCGUUGUUGGGAUCGUGUUAAAAUUGGUUUUGCAAUGGGUUUUACAGUUGGAAUGGUAUCAGGAAUCGUCUUUGGUGGUUUUACUGCACUUAGGUACGGUUUACGUGGCAGAGAAUUGCUAUCUACUGUUGGAAAAUCGGUUGUAUCAGCCGGAGGUACAUUUGGAACAUUUAUGGCUAUUGGUGCAGCUAUCAGGUGCUGA